GUCCUGUCAAAAACGGUUUGCGUCAAACUGUUCGCGUCACCAUUCGGCGUUAGUUGAUCUACCAGUUACACCAGCCACCGGGGGUGGUACAAUUUUUGGUAUAUUAAAGGCCUCAUGGAAAGUACCAUAAGCGGGUUUCAAGGUACCAUCGGGGCAGUGGCUGCCAACGAUUGGGUCGCCUCGCUCCUACCCAGUUCUCCAGUUAAAAGUUCCAUGGCCAUGGAGAAUUUAAAUGGUAUCGCGGAUAAAGUAACGGGAGGAUUCGCGGACGUUGGUGAAUUGAUGGUGCCGGGGCGGGUGAUUGCUGCUGGUGCCAUACCACAGCACGCCAUGACCGUCGGAAUCGAUUCUGGAAUGUUACGGGGGCGAGUUGACGUGCAACAGAUAUCUGCAGAAGUGAAUUCUUGUGGCACCUUGGAUAUCGAUGCUGCGUCUAAAACGCUUUGGAGCCAGAGUGCCCAUUGGGUGCGGGCAAUACGAUUGGCCAACGAUUGUCACUCUUAUAACGUACAGCUGAAAUUUCAGCCGUCUUACAGGGUGUAUUCAGCUGUCAAAGGUGGUCUACAGUCAAAAUUAAUUUUACAAGCGGUGAGACCCAUAGAGGCGGGGCAAGAAUUACUGCUGUGGUUCUCCGAAGACAUUUUGGCUCUUUUACAAGUUGUUUUCCUUAAGCCUUCAAAUAUACAAGAUCAAAAAAAGUACAGAUGCACCCUAUGCGCAGCCAUGUACGAAUCUCCCAACCCUCUAAAGUUACACAUAACCUUGGCGUGUGGAAAACUGCCCACUCUGGCCCUAUGGGAGCGACUGGCCGGUCUAAUGAAAGGUUCACAAAAUGGACGAAACUUGACAUCACCGCACGUCAUCGACUUUGACUUUAAGUUGAAUCCGAACGUUCAACCAGCAAAAGAAAAGACCGCUUUGGAUUUAAGCUUGGCAGCUCUUCCCUCUGGCGAUUUUACUACUACAACCGAGAAAAAUUGGAUUCAUAGACCGUAUUCUGAAUGUUCCGCUUUUAAGCCUUUCAAGCAGCAAACCUUUCCAGAACUGACGAGCAACAAACCGACCUUAAUUGAUCCCCUAAUAAUCCACGAUUAUCCAGUCUCUUGGCCAGUUUUACCUGCUUUAGAGUCCGACGUAGUCCAAAUCCACCGAAAUCUUUUACAAAAUCAAACUCUGGCCAACAGUCGUAACGUUUAUGGAGACAAUGCUCAAAUUGAAAGUUUGGUCAGUAGUCUAGGAAAAGCGAAACAGGGCCACAUCUGCCUCUAUUGUGGCAAAUGUUAUUCCAGAAAGUAUGGCUUAAAAAUUCAUAUAAGAACCCAUACCGGAUAUAAGCCUUUGAGGUGCAAAUUCUGUAACCGGCCAUUUGGUGAUCCCAGCAACCUUAAUAAGCAUGUGAGGCUGCAUGCGGAAGGAAACACCCCUUAUAAAUGUAAUUUGUGUGGCAAGAUUCUUGUGAGAAGACGAGACUUAGAAAGGCACUUGAAGUCUAGGCAUGUCUUGGAAAUGCAUCCGGGGCAAAAUAUCAUUACAGAACCCAGUGAAAGUGUUGAGUCAAUAGAUAGUAAAGAUGCUAAUAUUAUUGAACUGGAAGAAAUUGAUAUUACUGAUAAUGAACUUGAUGGAAAGACUAUUAAUUAAUUGAUGAUGUUAUUUAAUCCAAAAUUGCCAAAGACUGAUUGAAAGUACAAAUGAUUGUAAAUAGAUGUAUAUUUUGUUAAUUUAUAAAAGGUAAAUACUUAUAUUUGUUAAUAAAUAAUAUUUGAAAAUAGUA